AUGCUGGCCAUACGGGAAAAACGCAUCUUGGUGACAGUGGUGUUCUUGGAAGUGACGUUCACAGCUCUGUGUGUUGGACUGGAGGAUAUACACAGUCUGCACCACCUCAACACCGGACACCAGCCUCUGCAAUUGCAAGCCGGAGAUGCAGCCGAUGUUAAGAGCAAAGCUGUGGAACAUCUGAGGCUGCAAGAUGAUGAUGAUGACUUUUUAGAUGAAGCUGAAGCGAUGAACGAUAAAACUGCAGAAGUUUAUUCUAUAGACGGAGACAUUGAAAUGAUAAAUAGCACCAAGAAUGUUUGGGAAGGAGUGACACAACACAGUGAAAAUUCUUCAGAACACAGUGAAAAUUCUUCAGACGAAGCAGUAAUAUUGAAAACCAGUAGUACUAACGAAACACUGAAGUGGAUAAACAAGGAAACAAAUCUUGAGAGUAACAACAGAAACAAAUCAGAUAUGAACAAAAGUGCAAGUAAUCGCAAAAAUAAAAUACAUAAACUCUGGGAUGCAGGAACAGCAGAAAUGGAAGUAGAUGUUUAUAACAAUAGUAAAACCGAACUCUUAAAGAAUGUUAAGUGGUUUAAUAAACCCGAGGCGGAGGAAGGUUCAAGUAGGGUACUUGAAGACGAAGCAUCAGGUGAAGGAGAACAGGAAGGACUCCUUUCACAAAUUAAGCAACACAAACUAGUGAACAGUCACGAAAGCUUCUCCACGUCUCUCCUAAUGGACAUCCGUGACACACUUCGGCAAGAUCAGCACACUAAAUGCGACCACACUUCCAUAGACAGUCUUGAGCGACGACUAGAUCACCUGAGAGACGAGAAAGAGGACGCCAUCGGCAGGUUGUCCAGUAACGUUAACAGAUUAGAAGAAACCAUGAACCAGAAAAUAAAUCUAGUGCUAGAGACGUUUUCCAUGCUGAAGCUGUUGGUAGCAAGUCAGGGUGACCAACUGACGGUGCUGCAAGAGAAGCUUCAGGGAGUGCAGGAGCAAACACAUACCUUCGAAGUGCAGAUGAAUAGGUUCCAGCGAUCACUACAAGAAGUCGAGAGCUCAUUAAGAUCUCACAAACCUCAGGUAGUCUUGAAUUACAGCGAUAUCCUGACGGAGGAGAGUAUUCAGGAGUCGCAACUGAACAUCACUGAAAUCGAUGAUAGGAUUCAAGAAACAAAGUCUUCGCUAGACGACCUCACAGAAAUAGUGAAGAAUCUUACUGGAACUGUAAAAUCCGUGAGAGACGAAGUGAAGGAAGUAAAAAUAAACAUUACAGAGCGUACUGAAGUUCUUGCUGCAACACUCUCAAAAGAACCCACUUCAGACAAACAUAAUACUGUAGAUGCCUCUACAACCUGCCAGUGUUUUAGUAAUGAGCUUCGAAAUUCUUUAGCAAAACUGGAAAAAGUUCAAAAUGAACAGAAGAGUGAACUUGAUGGUCUUGCCAGAAACUUGACAACGUUGGAAAGCGAGCGUCGUGAGGUGGGCAAUAAAUCCUGGAGCUACAAUCAUCGCCUGGGCGAGGUGGAGAGCUUUAAGGAUCUGAGCUUCGUCAAGAGGAAGGUCAACGCUGUCCAGGAGGAACUGCACAACCUCAAGCAAGAAAUGGGGAGUAAAACAACUCUGACACCACAGCUUAGUAACGUUACAAUUGAGGACAGCAGUGUUGAGGGUAUUUGUGUGUGGCCGUAUCGUCGUGGCGGGGGUGGGUGUUACCACGUCAACAGGGAAGAGCGCUUGACGUGGCAAAGUGCAAGAGAACACUGUCGCAGCAUCCAGGGGGACCUCGCUGCCCCACAACAAUACAACCAGUUCAAGGUCUUCAUUCUUAAACUCAGACUUAGCCGAGCAUACACCUACUGGAUAGGAGCAUCAAAUGUUGGCAAGGAAGGUGUGUGGUCAUGGAUAGAUGGUCGCGUUGUGAGCGAAGACGUGUGGGGCGGCACCCAGCCCGAGGACCUUCACUCUCACUGUAUGGCACUCAAACCUGCAUACAAGUUUGUGGCGUCUGCCGAGGGAUGCCGAGAGAGCAGGUUUUUCAUAUGCCAGCAAGAGCGACUAUUGUGAUGCUAAAAGAUUAUUAAUUAUUAACAGAUUUAUCGUCUUGAAGAAUUAUUAAAGAAAUUUUGUUUGUUGUUAAUGAUGUGGACUUUAUAUAUUUUAUCAACAUAUCUUAUUAUAGUGGUGUGAACUAACCUUAUAUGUUAUUAUUUAUUGUACUACUUAUUUAUUGA